AUGACCACAGACAUUCAAGAGCAGGCGGCAUCACGUAAGGCUGACUUGUAUACAACUACACAAACUGACGAGAAGCCGGUGGACAGUGCGCCGGACAAACCAACCAAGGAGACGAAGACCACAGAAACCCCUUUAUCAACACCACAAUCGAAAGUCAGAAUUCCCAAACGGAGGAAAAGCGUGAAGCUUGACAAUGUCGUUGACUGCCUUCAUUAUAGGUUUGAGGAGUCCUACAACGCUAUGAUGACAGCCUUCCAGCUCUUUGACUACCUGAGUGACAACUACAUAUCUCGGAUAGACUUCCGACGGUGCUUACAAGAAUUUGGCUUCAACGUUACCGUCACGGAGCUCGACAACUUCCUCGCAAG